CGACAGUCCUGUAAUAGAGCAGUAUAAGUACAGAGCGAGUAACUGUUCUAAAGAACAAAACUAGUAUCUCAAAAUGAGCUGCUCCUACUCCAUCGUCGAUGUCUUCUCGACCGUGCCCUACAAAGGCAACCCUCUCGCAGUCGUCGCCAAUACGACCCACUCACUCACUACAACCCAAAUGCAAUUAAUUGCUCGCCAAUUUAAUCUCUCAGAAACAACGUUCAUAUGCCCUCCUACAAAACCCGACUCUACCUACCGACUUCGCUCGUUCCUCCCUAACGGUGGGGAGGUCUUUGGAGCGGGCCAUAAUUCUCUCGGUGCUUGGUGGCAUAUUAUCAAUUCCCAGCAGCUACAACGAGGGAAUGGCUCGGAGCCCAACGUAUACAACCAAGAGUUAGGCGACGAUGUACUCCCAGUCGAAGUGUCUGGGUCACCCCAAACCCAGAUCAACAUUACCAUGCGUCAGGGUCGCCCUCAGUUCCUGGAUAAGCACCCAAACAAAUCGACCCUCGCUGACGCUCUGGGUAUAAAUCCCUCGGAAAUCGGCUUUGAAUAUGGUCAAAAGACUCUAUCCGAACCUCAGGUGGUGACUACCUCUGCUGCACGGCAUCUUCUUGUUCCCGUCCGGGAUAAACAGGUUCUAGAUCGCAUCGACUUCUCGAAUCUAGAAGCAUUGAGUCGGGAACUGGCAAAGACCAACAGCUACAACAGUGGUAUAUACGCAUUCACGCUGGCCAAUGACGAAGAGAGUGUCUUGAAAUUGGAAGCCCGGUUCAUGAGUCCAGGUAUGGGGAAUGAGGACCCGGCCACCGGAUCCGCGGCAGGUCCGCUGGCCGCACUACUAUUCAAGAAUGGUAUUAUAAGUGUCGCAUAUUGUGGGAAAGCAGAGAUACAAGUGGCCCAGGGCUUGAAGAAAGGUCGGCGGUGUCUGAUGAAGUUGACUGUGCAGAAGGAUGCGGGAUCCGGUCUGGUGGAUAUUCAUAUCUCAGGAACUGCUGUGCUUGUGGCAGAGGGUAACAUAGUAGUUCCCCCUGUAGAUAUCGACUUCUAAAGAUAUUUGGCAGGCCAUCAAGUUACAGGUGAUAUAUAAGUUAAAUUGAUAAGUCAAAGAGCAAGUUUUCUUGAAAAUCC